GGACCACAGCAAUAAGGUCAACAAAACCCACCAUUCAACCUUCAAAGAUCCGGAUCCUGGUUCACCAUCUGAGUUUUUGCCAAAACGUGUUUCCGAGGUUUGCUUUGAGCCAUUGUUUCCAGGUCUUCCAUCUGUGGGAGUGAUUAGUCCUUCGGGUCAUUCUUCACUCUAUACUAAGAUCUCCCUGCCGGAACCGUCAGCUUGUGAAGAGCCCACGCCACACAACAGACAGGAGAAUGUAGCUGGGUUAGACCAGCCAACAAGCAAUGACAGCUUCCUCUCUGAGUCAGAGGACACUGGAAGCACCUUAGCUGCAAACGAGGAAACAUGCACGAGUCUGAAUAAAGGAGACGCUGAAUGUCCAGGAACUGAGCUGCAAAACAGCAGACAUAAAACAGAGACUUCUGGGAGGUGCCAAAAUUAUAGCGGCAGGACAGAGGCCUUAAAACUUUUGAACCAAGGACAGCUUUCCAAGUUCGCAGACGACUGGGAUAACCGAGGAUUCAGUUCACCAAGGGAGGCCCUUGUAGAGGAUUCUGGGAUUUGUCAAGAGGAAAGACAGGAGCCGGAUUGCUCUGGGAGGAGUCGAGAGGAAUCUGAGCACAGAGGAAAGAGUCAAGCAAGGACAGGGAAUAGUGAGACUCAAGAGAAACACAAAACAAGUGACUCAGACACUUCAAUCAGUGGCCAAGCGGCCAAUCUUUCUGACAAUCUAGAGGGCCAGCAGGACCCACCUCCUGUAUGUCAGUUCACACGCUCAAGAGGUGAGCAAACUUCCCUGAAGAGAGCUCAAAGUUUCGUGGCAGAGUCUGUUGCCUUAUUUGUCUUCCCACACACACGCUCUCGACCCCCUCUCACCCCGGCAAUGCCCACCCUGCCCGAAGAAGAGGAAGACUCUCCGGAGGAGCUCGACAGCACAUCCAGCUCACCCUCCACAUAUGCUCCAGGGGAAAGCAAGAUGGUGAGUGUAAACAUGAGCCCACCAGCCAUUGUGCUUCCAAGACAAGUCAGCAAGCAGGAUUCCUGUCCUAUCGAGAAAGCAAGACCACACAGUCCCCGGCCUCGUCUCUCCCGAAACUCUCCAUCAUCCUGUCCCAUCACCACAGUGGAUGAUGAUGGCCACGUGAUCGACCUGGUGAAGGAUCAGCUGCCGGAUCUGAAGUUGUCUAAAGAGGACCGACAGAAGAACCUGGAGCUGCUUGAGGAGGCCAAGAAAGUGAGCGAUCGAUUCCUGCAGCGCAGAGGCCGGCGGUCCACCUGCAGCCUCACUGAAUCCCCCACAGCUCUCUCCCCGAACCCGACGCCAUCCUCUUCCCCAAGACCAUCCAGAAGCAGUUCGCUCUCCUCUCCCUCUCCGCUAGGUCCUGAGGUCAGUCAAACUCCUCCAGCGAGUCCCUCUAUAACUCAGCAUUUAGAGGUGCCGUCUAACCAUGACCAAGGGGAUACAAGCAAGCCUGAGCAGGAGACGUUCUCAAGGCUAGUUGAGUGGAUGCCCAGUGACAAGCGAAAAGUGUCCUCUGGUACUUUAACCCCACGCUACGCCACCGCUAUCCCAGGCAGAGACCCUUCAGCACUUCAGAAGGACAGAACAGAGCAUCAUGGACCUGCAGAAAAGGGCAAGAACUCUGAACAGGCGGGCCAGAAAAAAGAGGAAAGUCCGAGCCGUGGCAUCAGUCAACCUCUAGCUACAGGAGUAGCCAAACCUGUCCCUCGACCACCCACACAACAGGCCCCUUGUACAGCCGAAAUCAAAACCAUCGGGGCCUUCCCUCCACUGAUGAGAGCCGUGUCCUGGGACACGGUUGGCUCCAUGAACAUGAGGAACGCUGCUCCCAAAGGAGAGGACGGUCCCUCGUUCCCUGACAAACAAAGAGAGUCUCUGUUCAUGUCCUCCGGGUACAAGGAUUUCCCUGUGCCGCCCGGGGGCGUUCAGAAACUCUCCAAAUUGCGUGAGGAACAUAAACUUGUUCGUAACCAGAGCAUCUCCAGCUCGAAGCUUCCUGAUCUGAAUGAAAUUGCAGAGCAGGAACGAGGUCCAUCUUCUCCACUCAUGAGCUCUCCAGGUGAAGAGGAGACUAAAGAGAAACCUGACGCCAUGCCCAACAUUUCAGACGUGAUGCUCCGCAAACUCAAACUGCACAGAGGUUCACCUGGCUGUGCACCACCGCUCUCAGAGAAGGAAGUUGAGAAUGCUUUUGUUCAGCUGUCUCUGGCCUUCCGCAACGACAAUUACACGCUGGAGUCAAGGCAGAAACAGGCGGAAAGAGAGCGCAACCUGACCGAGGAAAACCUGGAGAAGGAACUGGAAGAGUUUAAAGGCACCCUCAAGGGCACUGUGUCAUUGUGGCAGAACGUCGAGCAACGGGAGUUUUACCAAAACCUCUUAGAGACCAUCGCUGUUUUGCACCGUCUGACCAUCCGACUCUCCAGCAGGGCUGAAAUGGUGGGAGCCGUGCGGCAGGAAAAGAGAAUGAACAAGGCUACGGAGGUGAUGAUGCAGUAUGUGGAGAAUCUGAAACGGACGUAUGAGAAGGAUCACGCGGAGCUGAUGGAGUUUAAGAAGCUCGCCAACCAAAACUCCAACCGCUGCUAUGGGGGCUCAAUGGACACUGGAGAUGAAGGUGUUCCACGCUCAUCAAGAUCCAUGUCUAUGCAAAUGGGAAAGGCUUUGCCGAGACGGAGAGUCAGUGUGGCUGUAGUCCCCAAGUUUAAUCUCCUGAACAUCCCCGGGCAGACGCCAGCCGCUGGCCCCAACAUCACACCCGGUGCUCUUCCUGUGGUGUGUGAGGCGAACACCAUUAAAAAUGGCAGCUCCUCAGAUCCAACACAACAAGAUGUGCCUGACAAACCCAGUGGAAACCCUCUGACGGAACAGGAAAGUGAAGCAACGCCAACCAAAGUUGUGUGCAGUCCAGAGAAGGUUACAGAAGAGAUCAAAGCCAAGAUUGAAGAAGAAGCAUAUAAUAAAGGAUACCAAGAAGGACUAAAGAGAUGUAAAGAACUGCAGGAGCUGAAGGAGGAGGAAGAGAAGCAGAAGGAGUUUGACGAAGAAGCAAGAGCAAACACUGAUAAAGACAGGAAGACUAAUAGCAGGUUUGAGGAGGCAUUAGAGGUUCUUGACCGAAUAUUUCCCAAAUUCUUCCGGCGCAAUCGCGUGCUUUGGAUUGUCCUCACUCUGUUCUUUGCUUCGUUCAUCAUUGUGAACGUGAUAAACAUCUUGAGUAGCCGCUACAGUGACAGCGGAGACACUUCUGCAGAGAAGUCCGCCAUCCCAGGUAAGAAGAAGUUUUUCGGACUGAAUGUAGGGUCAAAGACUCCCGCCCCAGAAUGACUUUAUUUUCAUCCGCCUUGGAGAAACGGAUCAUGGAAAUCUGACUUUGCAAACACAGAUCUUCACGUCAGUCUUUCACACUGCAUUCAGCAAAACAGCAGAACUACUUGUUAUUGUUUAGGGACCAAGUGUGCUGAGAUGAGAAAUCAGAUUUGUAGUCUACUAAACUGGCACCCUUGGUAAACAUGAGCAAAGAUGGCUGUGAAAAAGAAAUGUAUUUACUUUUUAACUCUAACUUAUUGUUUGUCUUUUGCUCAAAAUAUUAACAAAAAAUGAGAACUAACAAUUGAAAACAGAGCACAGUUUUAUCAAACAAAUAUCUUACCAUUUAAUACACGUCAUGUCUUGAUCCAUAAUUUAUUCAUUCAUUCAUUUUCCUUCAGUUUAGUCCCUUAAUAAUCAGUAGUCGCCCCAGUGGAAUGAACCACCAACUAUUCCAGCAUAUGUUUUACGCAGCGAAUGCCCUUUCAGCUACAACCCAGUACUGGGAAACACCCAUGCACUCUUGCAUUUACACACACACUCAUACAAUAUGGUCAAUUUAGUUUAUUCAAUUCACCUAUAGUGCAUGUCUUCGGACUGUUGGGGAAACCGGAGUACACUGAGGAAACCCACACCAACACGGAGAGAACAUGCAAACUCCACACAGAAAUGCCAACUGGCCCAGUUGGGACUUGAACCAGCUACCUUCUUACUGUGCUGCCCCUUGAUCGAUCAUAGAUUGUCAUAUAAUCCAUCACACAAUUCAACUGCGAUGAUGGAAAGAAGCUGGGGUCAAUCGUUUGAAUUUAUUUGCGUUAAAGAAAUAUUGACGCAUUAAUAUUUUCAGAUUUAGCACAUGGUUUAAUGCAUUGACAUUGACAGCCGUAAUAUAUAUCUAAUGGUAUGAAAGAAAUGUAUUUAAUAAAUGAUAUGAGAAUCUGGUGUUUCUGGACCAAAAGUAAACCCAGAGAUGAUUGAAAUCAGUGUUUAGGUAGCUAUCCUCUGAUAUUUAUUUAUUUUUUGCUCAAAAUAGUAAGAUGUGGUGUUGAUAAGAUUGUUCAUUUCAGUAUUUACCAUAUUAUUAUAAAUCUUGAUAUUUAAUGUGUCAUUUACUGCAAUAAACAGAAAUCACAUAUUGUUGUCAUUUUUAUGGUUAUACAGCUUUGAUGCUCUUUUUCUCAGAAGUAGAUUAUGCGAUUUUAGCCAAGGGUUUCAGACAGGGGGUCACACACAUACGUUUAAUCAAUAGGAUAAGCUUUUUCCAUUUUCCUCGAAGGUCUUGUGACUGAAAGGCAUGGCACGAUGGGUAUUGAUGGUUACAAUGGUAUAUGGUUUGGUAGAUGGUUAGUUUGUGUAGUGCGACAUGUUUGUGUGUGGGAGCAUUCGCCAUGUUGCCCCGACAUUAAAAAAUUCAAUAAAAUUUUGGAUAUGGCUGUAUAUCAGCACCAGUAGGGGGGCGUGCGUUGGCUCGAGGCCGCAGGCCGAGUGCCUUAGUUUCCCACCAGUGAUGAUAUACAGCCAUAUCGCACUGCUACUCGUCUGAUAUUGCGUACAGUUCGAUGGCUUAAUCGUGUAUAUAAAAAAGAAAAUCAAACACGGAGAGUCUUAAAAACCCUUUUGUAAGAUGAGUUGACCGUCAGAAAAGCGGAAACUAUUGCUCAUUCAUCAAUGUCACUUUAGAGCUAGUAUUUGAAUGAUUCUCUAGCGGAAUGUCUAAAGUGAUGACAAAACAGGUGAUUUUGCUCACAUUUUCGGAUUAUAAGGCUGAACAACAUGAAAUGCCAUCAGUCUACAGAGAUUUUCCAGUAUUUCUCUGUUACAAUCGGGAUAUUACAAUAAUUAACCACGAAAAAGCCAGAGCAAAGCAAACAAUAUCAGAUUACUAUGGUAUAAAUACAGCACUACAACAUACAAAAGAGAGAGAUCGACUUAGAAUGUCACUUACCUGAUCUGCAAUGAUUUGUUAAGCUAUGUUUUGGAACGUACGCUGAAAAAUGCUGUUUUUCUCCCCUGAGGACUUAUGCGAUCUCUGUCGCCAUCUUGUGGCGGAACGUCAAUCAUCUUUGCUCUGCUCUGCUCAGUAUCUCCAAAAUUAUGAAUAUAUAAAAUAGGCACUAUUCUUUAAAUAAACUGCGUAGUUGCAAUCUAAACAACUACAUUCUCAACUAAAAAAACCUCAAAAGUACAUUAUGUUGUCCAACAGCAGCAUUUUUUGUCAAGCUGUAGAGUGUCUUCUGCUUGCCACUCAUGUGGGCAGAGUAAUACACAAGGGUGAAGAGGUUGUACGAGUGCUGAUAAUACUUUAAUAUCUCAUGUCUAUCAGUCAAUCAGAUUUGAGAACCAGACAGAACUGUUGUGUAAAUAUAUAUAUGCAGAUAUAUGCAUAAACACAGACACACACAGAAAAAGAUUGUUGAGCUGCAAUUUCAAUCUAAUGAACCUGGUGUUUGUCUUUCCCUCAACACAUUGUCAGGAGGAAGUUUAAAGUGACCAACAAAACUUCUGAAAAUCACAGCUGGAGAAUUGCUGACGUUAGUUGCAUCUUUGUGUCAGAAAUUUUCCAAAACGUCAGUCCUACAUCA